AUGGACGGGCUUGGCACCAGCAGCAGUGGUAUGCUUCCGCCGGCUGCGCUCGACGCGGUCGACUCAGUGCUGUCCCCGCCGCCCGACGCCACUCGCCGCGUGAAGCGCAUCAAGUACUCGUGGGCAGACGACGUCGCGCAGGACGACGAGGUCGGCUUGACCUGCGCGGACGGUGGCUACAUCGAGUGCAAGUACUGCGUCGGCAAGUCAGGUACGCCGCAGCGUAUCAUGUGCCAAGGGCCGUUCAACGCGACGACGUGGAAGACGCACAAGAAGUCCAAGAACCACCAGCGCAGCGCCGGCUUGGGCGAAUCCAUGCUCCUCGUGACCACGCCCCGUCCGGCGCCCACCCUUUCGAUGACACCACCGACACCGAGCAGCAUGACGUCGCUCGCACCCGCACCCCCUAUGACCACAAUGACGCCGCCACUGUCGUCCGCCAAGCCCACCACACCGAUCGAGGACUGCCCAGGCAUCUACUACGGCCCGGCCGCGUACCUGCGGCUCAUGGCCGUCUACGGCGAGUACGAAGACCUUGGCACCAAGCGCUACAAGCAUGCGUGCGACGUGUGCUACAGCGCGACGCAGGACAAGGUUGCACCGUACAACACGGUGCAAAAGUUUGCCUACCGGACGCAGCGCAUGGCCAAGGUCGUCGAGAUCCGCGAGGCGCUGCAGAGUAGCCUCACCAGCGUCUUGGCCCGCAAGACACUCACGAACGCGCUGUGCCUAAACAAGUCGGUCACACCAGCCUACAAGGAGCUCAUCCAGAAAUGCAAGCUGCGCUUGGACCUGAUGAACUGGGUCGCCAAGCACGGCGACGCGCUCCUCGCACAUGGCAUUGGCUUACCACCCGCCUUUCUCUCGGCCAGCGCAUCGCUCUAG